AAAUAAAUAAAUAAAUAACAAAAUAAGAUACACACAUGUUGGGUGAGAGAGAGAGAGGAAAAACAAAGGAGGCAACAGCAGCACCCAGCUGCAAUUUGACGAGUGAGUGAUAGAAACACAAAACCGAAGAAGAAAUCAACAACACACUAUCAUUUUCAUUCAUUCAUUCAUCAAAUUAAAAUUAUAUAAUUUUGAUUCGAAUAAUAUUAAUAAUAAUAAAAGGUUAGUUAGUUAGUUAGUUAUGGCGAUGCGUGAUCUUAUCACGGGUGCUACUUCUUGCCCUGACCCUUCUUCUUCUUCUUCCUCUCAAAACCCUCUCGGUUCUCUCGCUAACGCUCUCAUCGGUUCUUCCUCCAAAACUCAGGAGAGGUUGAAGGAAAUUCCUACAUCGACUUCUACUCCGUCUGCAUCAUCGCAAUUCUACUCUCAACCUCUUACUAAUAUUCCUGGUUCCGAAUUCGAUACACCUUUUCUCGAUGCUAAUUCUCAGGGUUCGGAGUUCUUGAAUAGGUUUAGGUCUGCUGGUGCGGGUGGGUUUGAGGAUACGUGGGAUGAGAUACAACGUGACGGGAAUCAACUCCGGCUCUAUGAUGGCAGGGGACAGCUUCCACCACAGAUUCAUCAAACCACACUGGAUGGAACACCACAAAGAGUUCUAUCUACCUUCUUGCACUCAUUUCUUGAUAGCAGUCGUGGUGGAAUACCUUUUCAUCCUGCUCCUCUUCCAGUAUUGGGUUUAUCUGAAGGUGAUAAACAGUGUAUACGUGACCGAAGCAGCAUAAUGGCCAGACAUCUCUUUGCAGAUAAAAGCGAAGAAUUUAUCCAUGCCCAAGUCAAUGCACUUUUGUCCUCUCUAGAUAUUGACAGUAAUGUCCGUGGCAAGGGACCUAUGCCUGAAAGGUUUAGGGAGCUUGAUGAUUAUUGGAAUGAGUCUCAAGGCAACCAGAUACACGGUGCUCAUGCUGCAGACGGAUGGAUUUCCGAAUUCAGUCAAAAUAGGGAAAGAUAUGAUAAUCCUGAUGCAUGGGCUAACUCAUUUGAGCAACAGCAUGGUGUUAAUGGUUGGGUCUCUGAAUUUGAACAUUCUCAAUUGUCAUCAGUAGAUCAAAUGCGAGGUAUGAACAUGUCAAACAUUGCUGCAAUGGAGCAGACCCGUAUGCUUGCAAAUACAUUGGCCCAGAAUGCUGACCCUAAAUUUCAGAACUCAAAGUUCCUUCAAUUUGUAUCAAAGAUGAGCCGCGGUGAGUUAAUUAUCGAUGACAAUCAAGUUAAAGAGACUGCAUUACCUGCACCCGGAGAUUGGGCAUCAGAAUAUCAGCAGCAGUAUAAUCGUGGUGAUGCAUGGGCUGGUGAAUUCUUAAAUAAUAAGGCUUUUUCUGGAGUUGGACCUGAAAUGUGGGCGAAUGAAUUUGCAAAUGAAAGACAACAAAAUGGAGCAGUUGAUGACCAGUGGGUUGAUGAAUUCUCAAAGUUGCAUGUUAAUGACUGGGCAGAUGAAUUUGGUCAGCAGGUUGGUGAAGGAGCCUUUGGGGAAGGCUCUUCAGAUAACUGGGCUCAGGCAUAUGAUGAGUUCCUGAAUGAGCAAGUUGCUGCUAAGCAGCGGUCAGAUAGCUCAACGGGCGUGUAUGUGUUUUCAGAUUUAAAUCCUUAUGUUGGUCAUCCAAAUCCACUAAAAGAAGGCCAAGAUCUCUUCCGGAAAGGGCUUUUAAGUGAAGCAGUUCUAGCACUAGAAGCUGAAGUCUUGAAAAACCCUGAAAAUGCCGAAGGAUGGAGACUACUUGGAAUAGCCCACGCAGAAAAUGACGAUGAUCAACAGGCGAUUGCAGCGAUGAUGCGUGCACAGGAGGCUGAUCCAACAAACUUGGAGGUGCUUCUUGCUCUUGGUGUCAGUCAUACUAAUGAACUGGAGCAAAAUGCUGCUUUAAAGUAUCUAUUUGGAUGGUUACGGAAUCACCCAAAAUAUGGAACAAUUGCCCCACCUGAGAUGUCUGAUUCGUUGUACUAUGCUGAUGUUAAUAGAUUAUUCAACGAAGCAGCUGUAAUCUCACCUGAUGAUGCAGAUGUCCACAUAGUUCUUGGGGUUCUGUACAACUUAUCCAGAGAAUAUGACAAAGCUAUUGCAGCUUUUGAACGAGCAUUGAAACUUAAGCCACAUGACUACUCACUCUGGAACAAGCUUGGUGCAACACAAGCAAACAGUGUUCAAAGUGCUGAUGCAAUAUCGGCUUAUCAACAGGCACUUGACUUAAAGCCUAAUUAUGUUCGUGCAUGGGCAAAUAUGGGUAUUAGUUAUGCAAACCAGGGCAUGUAUGACGAGUCUAUUCGUUAUUAUGUUCGAGCGCUUGCCAUGAAUCCAAAAGCAGACAAUGCAUGGCAAUAUUUGAGAAUUUCAUUAAGUUGCGCUUCUAGGAAUGACAUGUUGGAAGCUUGUGAUAGUCGUAAUUUGGACCUUCUCCAGAAGGAGUUCCCUCUGCAGUAAGUUUUGUUUUGUGCGAGUCGACGAAUUAGAGAAUAUUCAACUCCACGUUACACAGGAAUGGUGAAAGACUGAUCAAGUGACUAAGCCUGCAGGUGUAUACAAGGGCAUUCUAUUGGUCAUUGAACAUAUGGUGUAUAUCAUGAAAGUAUAUUUUUAUGGGAUAUAGGCACAGUUGCACUCCAUCUGUGAAUGAUACAAAAUUUAUUAAGCACAGAACAGCUGCAAUACUUAAGUCAUGAAAUGUAGCUUUUCCAUUAAUAAGUUGGGUUUAUUGACAUUGUGCAUGUAGGCAUAUAAAUAAGCAAUAUUGGUUGUUGCA